AUGGGGGCUGUAAUUGCCGACUAUGAGCUUUAUAUUGGGAUGAACCAUGAACGACUCCUUUAUAGGAUCAAAAAAGAUUGGAUCAUCCGAUUUAAAUUAAAUGACUCUCUUAUUGGCCGAGAUGUUCGGUUCUUCACCAAUUACCCAGCUGGCUCAACCAGAUUUAUCCGAUCCUCCUAUUGUGAGCUACCUUUAAAUCAACCUUCCCCAACGUCGAAGAAGCUGGACCGUUUCGACAACUUCUUUGAAAUUGGCCCAACUAGGAUCACUGGAGCGUUCCAUUUUGUUUUCACGACAGAUGGAUCAACUUUCACUCCUGAUCUAUUGGAGACUGAGACAUUCCGUAUGUUUGGAGGCCAAGGAUAUUUUGCUGUGGACGGCCGAUUUGGUCUUGCAGAGCAAAAGAAUCCGGACCUGACUGAUCCGUUUGUUCAAUGGGAUUUGGAGGGGGUUGUCGCACAAACGUACCUGGCAAAAAAUCUGGGCUAUUUUAAGGAAUGGCCGAACCGACUUAGAAUGGCCAAAGAAGCCGGUUAUAACAUGAUCCACUUUUCGCCAUUACAGGAGCUUGGCGCUUCGCGCUCUGGAUAUUCUCUCAGAGAUCAACUGAAGGUUAAUCCAGAUUUUACCGCCCCCGGAAGUCCGGAAGUUGAUUGGCCUCAAAUUGAGGAGCUUGUCAGGUUCAUGAAAGAUGAGUGGGCCGUUCUCAGCAUGUGCGACCUGGUCUUGAAUCAUACCGCCACCGAUUCACCUUGGCUUAUUGAGCACCCGGAGUGUGCUUACAAUAUGGUUAAUUCGCCGCAUCUUGUCCCUGCCUUCAUAGUGGACUUUGUAAUUUGGAAGAUGACCCAGAAGUGCGCCAGGGGUGAACUUAUUUCAAAGGGAAUUCCACCCGAAUUCAAGUCCUCUGAAAGUCAUGUGCAGUCGAUUCGGGCUUAUCUUGCUGAAAAGUUCACCGACCUGAAACUCUUUGAAUUUUACCAAGCGGAUGUCGCGGCUGUCUCGGCGGAAUUUAAAGAAUGGCUGAGUGAGUUUUGCUUACUUAAGGUCUGGAUACUUUCCGGUCAUAUUAUAUCUUAA